UGCGUCACCGCCCCGCCCUCACGCAAGCCCCAUCCUUCACCCCUGUUGCGGGCAGUAGACUGUUUUUGUUUUUGUUUUUCUGGCCUCCCGGUUUUGUUUAGCGCCUGCGCAGUCCCAACCUUCCUCGGGGCGCGACGUAGCUUUGGCUGCAAGAUGUGGAAUCGGCGGCAGGGCCGCCUCAGGACGCUGGCGUUUGGGGUGGAGGAGCUGCGGCGCCGCCGGCGGGAGCGGGAGGCAGCCCUGCGGAAGGCGCGGAGGGAGCAGCAGUUAGUCAGCAAGAGGCUGCUGAGGGAAGACGCCCCGGAAGAAGUCGGAGGCCAGAGUGCAGCUGUGCUCCUUGGGGAAGCCGAGGUCCAGCAGUUCCUUCGGCUCGCCCAACGGGGGACAGAUGAAAAGGAGAGGGAGAAGGCUCUGGUCAGCCUUCGUCGAGGCUUGCAGCACCCUGACACACAGCAAACCUUCAUCAGGCUGGAGGGCAGCAUGCGGACCCUUGUUGGGAUUUUGACCAGCAACCGGGCCUUGUUGCAGCUUGAGGCGGCUCGGUGCCUUCAUGAGCUCUCUCAUUCUGAGCAGUCUGCAGUGGCUGAGGCCUGCCUGCCAGCGACUUCCUACCUCCUCACCUACCUCUCUGGUCACAGCUCAGAUUUCAUACUUCGAGGACAGGGACAUGCCAUCUUCCUUCUCCCAUCGCUCGCUGGCUUGGUGAGAGAUGAGCCCAGCCCAGCCCUUCUGUUGCCUGCUCUCAGGAGCUGUGUCUGUACACACUGGGGAACCUCAUCGUGGAGAGUGAGGCCGUGAGAAAGCAGCUCCUGCCGCAGGGCAUUGUCCCAGCCUUUGCUGCCUGCAUCCAGUCCCCCCAUGUGGCUGUGCUGGAAGCACUUGGAUAUGCCUUGUCCCAGCUUCUGCAGGCUAAGGAAGCCCCAGAGAAGAUCAUUCCCUCUAUUCUGGAUUCCAGUCUUCCCCAGCAGAUGCUAUGGUUGAUGCAACCAGGCCCGAAGCUGAACCUUGGGGUUGCCAUGGAGUUUGCUUGGUGCCUUCACUAUAUCAUCUGCAGCCAGGUCAACAAUGCUGUACUCCUUACCCAUGGGGCUCUGCCCACGUUGGCACUGCUGCUUUUGGACUUGGCUGGGACUGUGCAGAGAAUGGAUGAUGUGGGACUAGAGCUGCUUGCAUGCCCCGUGCUUCGGUGUCUAAGCAACCUGUUAACAGAAGUGCCAGCGGAGGUCAUGGGACAGCAAAUGGAGCUCAGAGACGAGCGACUUGUGGCAGCCUUAUUUAUCUUUCUCCAGUUCUUCCUUCAGAAACAGCCUGCCUUGCUACCUGAGGGCCUCUGGCUCCUCAACAACCUCACUGCAAACAGUCCUACUUUUUGUACCUCCUUGCUCUCUCUGGAUCUGAUCGAGCCGCUCUUGCAGUUGUUGCCACUAUCAAAUGCAGUAUGCAUGUUGGUGCUCACAGUUCUGUGCAAUGUCGUAGAGAAGGGUCCAGCUUACUGCCAGCGGUUGUGGCCAGGACCCCUGCUCUCCUGCGUGCUUAACACACUGGCUCUCUCUGACACCGAAGUAGUAGGCCAGAGUUUGGAGCUGCUGCAGCUGCUAUUCUUGCAUCAGCCAGAGGCUGCCCGAGCCUUCCUGCAGCAGUCAGGGCUGCAGGCCCUAGAAAAGCUCCAGGAGGAAACUCAGCUUCAGGAGAGGAUACACGCGCUCCAGCAGAUAGCUGCUACCCAUGGAUGACCUGGCUGCUCAAUAUCACCCUUUACCCCGCGGCGUAUUUACCCUAGGGUCUCCUACUUCACUUUAGAAGCUGGUAGCUUUUUGUUAUACCUGAGUGUGGUGUUGCACUUGAGAUUGUCUUAGUUCAUGCUCUUCAGCAACUUGGCUAAUGACGUACGACAUCACAGCUGGCACCUGGUGGGUUUUUUUUUUUUUUUUUUUUGAGGAGAAAUAAAGGAGUAUUUUUAUAUAAAACUA